AAGUCGUUAAUACGUAUAAAAAUACGGCCAUACAUCGUAUUGUUUUAAAUGACCAAAAUAUCCUUAUGAAUUUUCUUUAAAUUCCAGCCUCCUUCAAUUCAAUUCUUCCCUUUUCUCCUCCUCUUCUCUCCCAUCUCUCUAAUUUAAAACAAUUUACGAACCCGGUCAUUAUGAUGUCUACUCUACCGGCUUUUUCCUUUACUGAACCGGGUUUGGUUAACCAAAUAUCUGAUUUCCAGACCGGAUUCACUCCUUGGGAAUUGGACGGCUUUACCGAUCUCUUCUUCUCUACUAUCCAUCACGAACCGGCGGUACCGAGUCCAUGUACUGGUGAAUCCGACACCGUCAAGAUUAACAUCGAUUUUAACGGUUUCGACGAAUCUUGUAUCGGUUCCAUCAAAACGAACUCCGGUUCUGAUGAUUCCGACAUUUUCCACGGCGUACCGAGUCCUACAUCCGAUGAAUUGGACUCGGACAACACGAGAACCCGGAUUAACGCCACGGACCAUAACCGGACGAAAUUGAACCGUCCGGUUUUGCAGGUGACUGAAGACCGUAAACGGAAGCGUAUGGAAUCAAACCGUGAAUCAGCGAAGCGGUCGAGGAUGCGUAAACAGAGACACAUUGAGAAUUUAAAAGAAGAAGCAAACCGGCUCGGUUUAGAAAACAGGGAACUCGGGAACCGGCUCCGGAUCGUUUUGUACAACAUGGGACUGAUAAGUACGGACAACGAUCGGCUUAUGUCGGAACAAGAGAAUCUAAGACGAAGAUUCUUGGAGAUGAGGCAGAUUUUGAUUCUCAGACAGCUUCAGCAGAAUCCAUCAUUGAUCAUCAAUCAUCAUCAAAUGCUUUAAAACCCAAAAAAACAAAAUUUAGAAAGAAAAGAAAAAAAAAAGUUCAGAUCAAAACGAAGUAUUUUUUUUUUAUAUAUCUGUCACUCUUUUGAGAGGAUCUCUCUUAGAUGAUGGACUUUGUUUUUGCCGUUGUUUCGCAUUUGGGCCUCUUGAUCACAAUUAUCAAAGCCCAUUAGUUGGGCGAAAAAAUAUGUAUAAACAGCCUAACCAAUCCAAUUGAAUCUUAAAGACUUCUCUCACA